AUGUACUUGGCUAGAGAUGCUAAGUUGUGGUGGAGGGCUCGUGUACAAGAAGUGACAAGUGGAGGCAGACCUACAAUUGAUGAGUGGGUUGUGUUGAAGAAGGAAUUAAGAGCUCAGUUCCUUCCAUGCAAUGCACAGUCGGAAUUGAAGAGACAAGAUGUGAAGAGUUUCAAUUCCGCCAUUGCUGCAACCGAGAGACUAAUGGACUAUAUAGUAGCAGUUACUUCUAGUGGAAAAAAAGAACAAGGUGGGAAUAAACAUUUGGACAACAAGCCAGUCGACAAAUGUAAGGAGACUAAGGUUGUUCUAGAUGGCGACAAGGGUGAAGAGCACAAGGACAAAAAGAAGUUCUUGGGUUGCUUUCUUUGCCAAGGACCCCACCUUGUGAAGGACUAUCCAAAGAGGCAGAACUUGCAUGCAAUUGUGACAAAGAGAGAUGGAGGUGCGGAAGAGAGCAGCAGUCUUUAA